UCUGCAGCGGGGCGGCGCGCGGCCUCGGGCGCGGAGCUGAGCCGCAGGGCGGCGGCGGGAGCGCGGGGGGCGCCCGAGGCGCUCGGCCCGGGAGCACCGGGGAAGUUCGCGCUGGCUGCACGGGGCGGUGACGCCGCACCGGCCUCCGCGCCUGCCAGCCGGGGAGAGCAGACGGGGGAGGAGGAUGCGCCCUCGCCGACGGCUCGCCUUCCCGGGCCGGUGCGCGGGCACCUUGCAGAACAAGGAGUAGCUUGCUGGCUUUGACGCGUGGCAAAUAUUUCAGAAAGCUUCAAGAUCAAGGUGGAGAAAGGAAUAGCUCUUCUUCCAAAUUCAUCUGCUUCAGCUGUUAUUCUUACUGGGAAUGGACAAUGGAAUGUUCUCUAGCUUUAUCAUGAUCAAAAACCUCCUUCUCUUUUGUAUUUCCAUGAACUUAGCCAGUCACUUUGGCUUUUCACAAAUGCCAACCGGCUCUGUAAAAGCGGAGACCGAUGACAACAUCACGAUAUUCACCAGGAUCCUGGAUGGGCUGCUAGAUGGUUACGACAACAGACUGAGGCCUGGGCUCGGAGAGCGUAUCACUCAGGUGAGAACAGACAUCUACGUCACCAGCUUCGGCCCCGUGUCCGACACGGAAAUGGAAUACACCAUCGACGUGUUUUUCCGACAAAGCUGGAAAGACGAGAGGCUUCGGUUUAAAGGGCCCAUGCAGCGCCUUCCUCUCAACAAUCUCCUCGCCAGCAAAAUCUGGACUCCAGACACGUUCUUCCACAACGGGAAGAAGUCCAUCGCCCACAACAUGACCACGCCGAACAAGCUGCUGCGCUUGGAGGACGACGGCACGCUGCUCUACACCAUGCGCUUGACCAUCUCUGCAGAGUGCCCAAUGCAACUUGAAGACUUCCCAAUGGAUGCCCAUGCCUGCCCUCUGAAAUUUGGCAGCUACGCAUACCCUAAUUCCGAAGUCGUCUAUGUCUGGACCAACGGCACCGCCAAGUCAGUGGUGGUGGCAGAAGACGGCUCCAGGCUGAACCAGUACCACCUCAUGGGGCAGACCGUGGGCACGGAGAACAUCAGCACCAGCACAGGUGAAUACACAAUCAUGACAGCUCAUUUCCAUCUGAAGAGGAAGAUUGGGUACUUUGUCAUCCAGACCUACCUCCCCUGCAUAAUGACCGUGAUCUUGUCACAAGUGUCCUUUUGGCUGAACCGAGAAUCAGUUCCCGCCAGGACAGUGUUUGGGGUGACCACGGUGCUGACCAUGACAACCCUCAGCAUCAGUGCCCGGAACUCUUUGCCCAAAGUGGCUUAUGCAACAGCCAUGGACUGGUUCAUAGCCGUGUGUUACGCUUUUGUGUUCUCUGCGCUGAUCGAGUUUGCCACUGUCAACUACUUCACAAAGAGAGGCUGGGCCUGGGAUGGAAAAAAAGCCUUGGAAGCAGCCAAGAUUAAGAAAAAGGAGCGUGAACUUACAAUAAAUAAGUCAACAAAUGCUUACACUACUGGGAAGAUGACCCACCCCCCAAACAUCCCGAAGGAGCAGACCCCUGCAGGGACCACAAAUGCCUCUUCAGCCUCAGUUAAACCUGAAGACAAGACUUCUGAAAACAAAAAGACUUACAACAGCAUCAGCAAGAUUGACAAAAUGUCCCGAAUUAUAUUCCCAGUUCUGUUUGGCACUUUCAACCUCGUCUACUGGGCAACAUAUUUGAAUAGGGAGCCGGUGAUUAAAGGGGCUACCUCUCCAAAGUGAGCUUUCGUGCUCCCAAACUCCAAGAGAGCCAUCCGUCAGUGACGGCACCAAGGAGAGGUUGAACUUGGGGGGCCUCCCUUAUUUGGGCACUAUCUUUCAGGAAAUUUUUGCAUGUUUAAUUAUAUGUACCAAUAAUAUUGCCUUGAUGUUUCUAUAUAUAAUGUCAGAUGUUUCAGAGAUGACACAUUGAUAAAUAAAUCAAGCCACUUUCUAGAAAAACAGGAGUCAUGGCACUGACACUCAGAUGCUCAGCACCUUACACUGAUAGUUUACAAACAGGUAUAUUUUUAACUGUUCCAAGUGUUACCUAACAAUGUUUUUUAUACUUCAGAUGUCAUUUCAUACAAAUUUUCCCAGCAAAUAAAUAUUUUAGGUAAUGCUCCAUGAUUAUUACUUGACCAACUCUCACAAGAAAUGGAUAUCACAAAGCACAUUUUGCAUUGAAAAUGAAACUGUGGGCAUUUAUGUACAAAACUAAUUGCCUUUGAUAAUUCUUUGAAAUUAAAGAAUUUAAUUGCUCUCAAAUUAAAACUAUUGCAUGAUCUUAUGUUAAGAAAUAAAUAUUUGUGCAGACAUUUAAUAAUAGAAGUAUAUAGUAUGUUAGAUUAACAGAUAAAAUAUUUCCCCAAGUUAAAAUUUAACUGUUAAAAAAAUUUUUUUUGUGGAGUGGGAGGGAAACUUACUUCUCUCCCUCUGACCACCCACCCUCGAUCGACUAACUGAACAAUGACCAAGAAAGAAAAGAUCUUAAAACAAAAAGUAGUGUGAUGACAGUCUUGGCAUCUGACCUGAGCAUCCACUGUCUGAAACACUGACCACAAUUCACUGCAGCCAGAGUAUAGUGCUUCAGUGGUGAGAAACUGUAAAUGACUUAUUUUCCAUUUUAUUUCCCUGUAUGUUAUUUCAUGAUUGACUUAUUGCUCUGUAAGCUUUUGUAUAUGAACCUUACAUGUUCAUUAAAAAAUAAAAAUGAAACUGAUCUUGUGGAAAA